CCAGUCCCAACACGCCCCUCCUGACGGGACCCUCCUCAGCGGCCAGCGGCGCGGAAGUCGGGGGAUGGCCGGGCAGGGGGACUAGGGAACGCUCCGAGGCCCGGGCGACUCCCGAGACCCAGGCAGGAUCCCGUUCCUGGCUCCUCUCAGACAGCUGUGAAUGACACGAACACAGGAGUGGUAACAUUUCCUGAUGAGUGUGUUAACAUACUAAGUGGGGAGCACAGGAAUGGAGUCUGGCAUGGAGGAGAUCCCAGUUAAAGUCGCAGUUCGAAUCAGACCUCUGCUUUCCAAAGAAGUACUUCAUAACCAUCAAGUGUGUGUGAGAUUAGUCCCAAAUACACAACAGAUUAUCAUUGGGAAGGACCGUGUCUUCACUUUUGAUUUUGUAUUUGGCAAAAACUCAACCCAAGAAGAAGUUUACACUAUUUGCAUUAAGCCUCUUCUAGUGUCAUUGACUGAAGGAUACAAUGCUACAGUGUUCGCAUAUGGACAGACAGGCUCUGGGAAGACUUACACUAUUGGAGGUGGCCACAUUGCAUCAGUUGCAGAGGCUGAAGAGGGCAUAAUCCCACGGGCUAUUCAGGAAUUAUUUCAGCAUAUUUCUGAAAACCGUAACAUUGAUUUCCAUGUGAAAGUGUCUUAUAUAGAGGUUUACAAGGAAGAACUUCGAGAUUUACUGGAUUUGGAGACCUCUGUAAAAGAACUACAUAUCCGAGAAGAUGAAAAGGGAAAUACAGUGAUUGUUGGUGCUAAGGAAUUCCAAGUACAAUGUGCAGAUGAAGUUAUGAGCCUGUUGGAAAACGGCAAUGCAGCUCGUCACACAGGAACAACACAAAUGAAUGAGCACUCUAGUCGAUCUCAUGCCAUUUUUACCAUCAAUAUUUGUCAGAAAUGGUCUACAGAGUCUCACAAAAGUACUGAUGCUGCCCAGAAUUCAUCUUGGAAAUCAGCUGAGAUGAUCGCUUCGAAGUUUCAUUUUGUGGAUUUGGCAGGAUCAGAGAGGGUGACAAAGACUGGAAAUACUGGUGAACGCUUCAAAGAAUCAGUUCAGAUAAAUAGUGGUCUGUUAGCCUUGGGAAAUGUCAUCAGUGCCCUUGGAGACCCAAAAAGAAAAAGUGUACAUGUUCCAUACAGGGAUGCUAAAAUAACUCGUAUUUUGAAAGACUCACUUGGAGGAAAUGCCAGGACUGUCAUGAUAACAUGUAUAAGUCCAUCCUCAUCAGACUUUGAUGAAUCUUUAAAUUCCCUCAAAUAUGCCAACAGAGCCAAAAACAUUAGAAAUAAGCCAGUUGUAAAUUACAACCCUGAUCAAGACCGGAUUGAUGAAAUGGAACUUGAAAUCAGAUUGCUUCGAGAAGCUUUGCAGAACCAGCAAGUCAAUAAUCAGUGUUCGCAUGACUUAAAUCAAGAAAAAAAUCAUAUCAGUUCACUUGAAGAGCAGCUCACUCAGCUUCAGGUUCAAUAUUUCAGUUACAGAACUUGUGUGGAUGAAGCCUUCCCAUUUCUGGUUGAUUUGAAUGAUAAUAUUAGUUUAAAAAGAAGUCAGCGGGACAGGUUGCAGAGCUGGAUCACUAUGGUACAGGAAGUGAGGAAGGGAGAUCUCAUAAUGCAGGAAGCUGACACAGGAACUGAGACCAGCCAAAUGCCACAUCAUACCACAAUUCUUCAGCUAAAGCAGGAACUAAAGAAAUGCCAGCAGGCUCUCGUUAUGGAUGAAGAAGUAUUUACCCAGAAGAAUCAUGAACUGCAGAUAAUGCAGAAUCAGAUAAAGACAUUAUUACAGGAAAAUGAAAAACAACUGGAAUCUUUAAAGGAGGCUCAAGAAACUCAUAGAUUACAGAAUGAGAAAAUGGUGGAACAGCAAAUGCUUAUUGAUCAGCUAAAAGAGAAAUUGGAGAAAUUUACAGAUGUGAAAACUUCGGACUUCUCAAGGGCAAGCAGACCAUACAGUGUCCCACUCACAAAGAGUCUGCUACAUUCUCUUCAGCCACCUUCAGGGACAGAGAGCCAAAAGGUGUAUACAAGCUCCCCUGCCUUCUCCCUGGCCCGGGUAAUGGCAAAAUUCCGUGCUCGCAGCCAGAUGACACUGAGCCACAUAGAAGAUCAGGAUAAAGUCCUUCACUGUCAUCUCUCUGACCAAAGUGAUGAAGAGGAUGAAAAUACAGGCAGCAAAAAGAAAACCUCAUUUAAGCAUUCCAUAAACCGAACAUGGACACGAAAACAGGCUUCUUUGUGUUUUCUUCCUGAUCUAAGUGACAUGAAGUGUCAGGUAGACAAGUCUUGUUUAUCCAACAAAUCUGCUCUACACAGUGACACAACCACAGGUGAAGAGAUUGACAGCCUCCAAAAAAGUCACGUUUUUAACAUGCAGAAGUUAAAGAGUUCAGAGUUGAGAUUCACUGAGGCUGAGCAAAAAAUAAGAGAACUUGCACUUAAUAUCAAAAUGAAAGAGGAACUUAUUAAGGAAUUAGCAAGAACAGGUAAGGAUGCUCAGUCUGUAAGCAGGCAAUGUUCUUUGAAGAUAACUAAACUGGAACAAGAAUCUGAGCAGGCCAAACUGGAACUGGCUGAAACGCAAAAGCAGCUUCAGGAGCUGGAGAGUAAUAAGGAGCUGAGAGACACUCCUGAGAAAACAAAGUUACAAAAGGAAUUCCGGAAGAAGAUGGAUGCAGCUAAGUUGAAAGUGCAGGUCUUACAGAAGAUGCAGGAAGACACUAAGAAUUUGGCUUCGUUAUCUAACCAAAGUGAAAGACAGGCAACAGAACUUGAGCAGAAUGUGGCUCAGAUGAAGCAUCAGCAGACCCAGCUACAGAAGAGGUUGUGUGAGGAGAGUGAAAAAAAGAAGCAACUAGAAGCAGAGAUUCAGCGGGACCAGCAACAAGUUAAAGAGCUUCAGCUAAAGAUGGAGCAACAACAGAAGAUCCUUCAACUUAAGGAUAAAGAGAUUGCUGCGUUUAAAAAGAAGAAAAAUGAUUCAGUGGAAACUUCACAGAAGCUACAGAAAUUAGAAGAGCAAAAGAAAUGUCUGGAUGAAGAAAUUGAAAGAAUUCUCCAACAGCACCAACAGUUAGCAGAACUAGAAGAAGAUUUAAAGAAAAGAGAAGCCAUUGUAGCCAAAAAAGAAGCAUUACUGCAAGAGAAAAGCCACCUGGAAAUGAAGAAACUGAGAUCUAGCCAGGCUUUAAACAAAGAUAGUAUGAAAUUGUCUACUCGCUUAAGUAUGCUGGAUCAGGAACUGUGUGAUAAAGGUAUGCAGCUUCAGGGCAGCACCACUGAAGAUAAGACACACAUUUUGGAAAAAAUUCAAGUUCUCCAGACAGAAAGAGAUCAGCUGCUCAAAAGAAGAAAGAGUGUGGAUGAGAAACUGAAAGAUGGUAAAGUGUUGUCAACUGAGGAAGAACAUGUCCUUUUUCAGCUGGAAGAAGGAAUUGAAGCCUUGGAGGCUGCUAUUGAUUAUAAGAAUGAAUGUAUUCAGAAUCGCCAGCACUUGCUUAAGUCAUCUUCUCAGAUUCUUUCACAAAGUGAGAAUAAUGUAAUAGGAAAGCUAGUUUCCCUUUCUGCUGCUGAGCUCAGAGCUAUCAUCUUCAAAUAUUUCAAUAAGAUUGUUGGCCUACGUGAAUCUGAACGAAGAUUACAACUGCAGAUUGAAGAAAAGGAAAUGAAAGUCAGAGACCAGGAAAACUUAAUACGUGAGUUAGAAUCUGCAGUUGACCAUGUGAAGUUGCAGUGUGACAGGCAGCUGACCCUACAACACAAAGAACAUGAAAAAAAACUACAGUUGAUACUGCAUCAUUUCAAAGAUCAAGAUAGUGAAGGUAUGUCAGAAACUUUGAAAGCAUAUGAAGUAAAAGUCCAGCAACUGGAAAAAGACUUAUUCUUCUAUAAGAAAACAAGCAGAGAAUUGAAGAAGAAGUUGAAGGGCCUAACUGGAGAGUCAUCCCAUCAAUUAUGGGCAGCCACUAAGUAUAACAGUGCUGAUGACAAAGCAUCUGGCCAAGAUGAAGCAGAAGUUGCUUCUGAAGAAUUCAAGUCAACACUUAACCCUGAAACCAACAGUCAACCAGGGAAAAUAAAAGCAACAGAUAGAAGUAUUUUAAGAGCACAGCAGAAUUUACACAACCUUGGAAAAGAAGUUUCAGAAUUUGGGUGCAACAAAGAAUGCUUGUCAGGCACUAGUGAUGACAAAAUAGGAACAGGUGAAGCUCAGCCUUUAAAAUCAUGUCCUCACCUACCUUCUGUCACCCAGAGAAGAGAGACCAUAACACAGUUUCAAAGAGUAACUCCAGUAAAGCUAUCUCGCCGAGAGCUACGUCAUAUUCCUCCCUCUGAACUACCUUUGAGACGUUCAAGCCUUGGAGUUGGUGUCAGUCUUAUUGCUGCAGAUUCCAUCGAAAUAGACAAAAAGUCCAGUGUUUCUGAGUAGAUUGCAAAAUAUUUCAUUCUAAACCACUUAACAUGUGAAAUGAUUGUUUCUUUCAUAAUUAUACCUAGUUAUUACUUAUUGUUUAGCUGGGCUGUGAAAUAAAGAUGAGGAUCUUGUUUGAUUGUU